UCUUAGCUUGAUUUGCUUCUUUCAGAUUAUUUUAUUUGCAUGAAAAUCCACAAUGAAUUGUUAAAAAAAGAAAGAAAUUAUUUUUUUUUGGAAAAAGGGAAAAGGCCUUUUCCGAGAAUCAAUUUUAGGAUUAUUGAGGGAGAAGAACCAAAAGCAGGAAUGGAGAAUCGGGCAAUUCUGCGAGAGUGGUUCGAUCGAGUUGACUCGCAGAAAACAGGAAAUAUAACUGCUGCUAAGCUAAAGAGCGCUUUGGCCGUCGGAAACCUUCAAUUCUCUCUAUCAGUUGUUCAGCAAAUGAUCAGGAUGUAUGAUUUCGACAGUAAUGGAACUAUGAGCUUUGAAGAAUUUUUUGAACUCAACAAGUUCCUUCUGAAGGUUCAACAGGAAUUUUCAAGUUUAGAAAGGGGGCGUGGAUUUCUUGUUCCGGAUGAAGCCUACGAGGCAUUGGUGAAAAUUGGUUUUUCUCUCGACUCCCCUGCUUUUUACACUGUUUGUGAGAGUUUUGAUCAAACGAAGAGUGGCAAACUCAAACUUGACGAUUUCAUAUCUCUUUGUAUAUUUGUACAGUCAGCCAGGAACCUGUUUAAUUCGUUUGAUACGAGCAAGCAAGGGAGGGUGACUCUCGAUUUCAACCAAUUCGUUUACUGCACUUCAAAUUGCAGAAUAUGAUGAGACCCCUCAAUCUUAUCUGAUGAGUAAGGUUAUUUUAAUUGAAUCGUGUGCUGUAAACAUAUCCCAUGUUUAUUUUUGUAUGAAAUGCCUUGCACGGACUCGAUGUAUAUUCAUAGAAAGAUUCGAAUCUUAGUAACAAACCUUGGAGUUCAUCUGCAACAAAGAGUUCAAUUUGAAUCA